ACUAUCAACCCUAUAACGCUUGAUCUGAAUGUAUCUAGAAUGCAUCGUAGGUACAUAGAAAUAAUUGUGUUGUGUGUAACAAUAAAAUAUAAAUUAAGGUAGUUGAAGGAAUAACAUAUUGAUUAAAAAUCCCAAAAUUAUGAUGGCAAGACGAGGUGGGAAGCGAAUUCGAAUGAAUGAUCCGCCUCCAGAGUACGAGGAACAUGGAGAGGGGCUAAAUGAAAGUACUUCAGAUGGAGAUAGUCCAAUGAAACGAAUGACUCGCCUUCGCGCCAGAGGAGGAAUCCGCGAUAAACCGCCAAUAAUAGACGACGAUGAAGACGACUUUUUCGCACCGGUUGCCCGCAAACGAAAGCAACCGGGUCCCCGCAAACCCCCUGGGGAACGUCGUGAACGAGUUGAUAGACCAAGAAAAGAGCAUAUUGAAAAGGAACAGGAGAGGGUGGAUAUGGAAAGGGACGUCACUACUGAUGAAAACAGUUUGUACUUCAUUGUGCGACAUUCAAAGUCAGCUAUAGCGAGUAUUGUUGAUGAUUGGAUCGAAAAAUACAAAGAAAACCGUGAUUCUGCACUUAUAGCUCUAAUGCAAUUUUUCAUAAAUGCGAGUGGUUGUAAGGGCAAAAUAUCUGAAGAUAUGCCCCAUCCAAUGGAACAUACUGCGGUGAUUCGAAAAAUGACUGAGGAGUUUGAUGAGGAAAGCGGAGAAUAUCCAUUAAUAAUGCCUGGCCAACAAUGGAAGAAAUUUAAAAUGAAUUUUUGUGAUUUUGUUCAAACAUUGGUUAAACAAUGUCAAUAUUCCAUAAUAUAUGAUCAAUUUCUUAUGGAUAACGUAAUAUCGCUUUUGACGGGCCUCUCUGAUUCCCAAGUGCGCGCCUUCCGACAUACGGCAACUUUGGCAGCCAUGAAGUUAAUGACAGCUUUGGUAGAUGUGGCGUUACUAGUAUCUAAUAACUUUGAAAAUGCUGCUAAACAAUAUGAAGCCGAACGUGUUAAGUCGCGAGACCGUCGGGCAACUGACCGGCUGGAGUCCUUGAUGACAAAACGUGCUGAGCUUGAAGAGAAUAUGGACGAAAUUAAGAAUAUGUUGACUUACAUGUUUAAGUCCGUUUUCGUGCAUCGUUAUAGGGAUACUUUACCAGAUAUUCGAGCGAUUUGUAUGGCGGAAAUUGGGGUAUGGAUGGAAAACUAUCCGCAAAAUUUUUUGGAUGAUUCUUAUUUGAAAUAUAUCGGUUGGACAUUGCAUGACAAAGUUGGCGAAGUUCGUCUUCGUUGCUUACAAGCUCUGCUACCUUUGUAUGAUAAAGAAGAAUUGAAAGGGAAAUUGGAGCUCUUUACAUCAAAAUUUAAAGACCGAAUUGUCGCCAUGACAUUGGAUAAGGAAUUUGAAGUGGCAGUUCAUGCAGUGAAAUUGGUUAUCAGUAUUUUAAAAAUACAUCCUGACAUAUUGGCAGAUAAGGAUUGUGAAAUUGUGUAUGAACUUGUUUAUUCAUCACAUCGCGGCGUAGCGCAAGCUGCAGCAGAGUUUUUGAAUGUACGUCUUUUUCAUUUAACAUCCGAUAUGGAGGAAACCAAAACUAGACGCGGAAAAAUACGUCUACCCAAUACGCCUUUGAUACGGGAUUUAGUGCAGUUCUUUAUUGAGUCAGAAUUGCAUGAACAUGGCGCCUACUUGGUGGACUCUUUCAUAGACAAUAACGCCAUGGUCAAGGAUUGGGAAUGUAUGACUGAUUUACUGCUCGAAGAACCCGGCAUUAACGAAGAGGUAUUGGAUAAUAAACAAGAAUCCACUCUUAUUGAAAUAAUGGUAAGCAGUGUAAAACAAUCGGCGACAGGUGAGGCUCCUGUUGGACGUGCCAGUAACCGAAAAAUAACGUUGAGCUCAAAAGAACUAAAAGCUAUUCAAGAUGAAAAGGUACGGCUAACGGAACAUUUUAUUUCAACACUUCCUCCUUUGUUGGAAAAAUACCAGGCAGACAGCGAGAAAUUAGCAAAUCUUUUAGCUGUACCGCAAUAUUUUGAAUUGGAUAUAUAUACUACAAAUCGACAGGAAUCGAACUUACAAGCUCUUUUGGAUAAAAUGAGUUACAUAAUGUCUGUACAUACGGACCGAGAAGUGCUUGAGACGUGCGCCAAAACACUUGAGUACUUAUGCAGCGAGGGUAGUGCCACCUACACCCGGUGUGAUGUAGCGCGUUCAAAUAUUAUCGACAAUGCGGUCAACAAAUAUAAGGACGCUAUCGAUGACUGGCGUAAUCUUAUAGCAGGCGAGGAACUACCCAACGAAGAUGAAAUCUAUAAUGUUACAAUUUCGCUAAAAGUUAUAUCCAUUCUGUACGCCUCACACAAUCUUAACCCUUGGAACUUAUUCGAAUCAAUUUUCCAAGACGUGGAAGAAUGUCAAUCUAAAGAAAAUCCUGGGCGCACAUUGCCCAAUGAAGCGCUGAUAUAUUGCAUCGAAGCAUGUUAUUUCUCUAUAAGCUGGGGUCUGUACUUUGUUGAGAACCAAUGCGAGAGUAAUAACGUCGUCAUGGUUUGCGCUGAACUGCGCGAUAACUUAGUGAAAUAUAUGGCAGCUUGUUUUGAAUUAACAAGGGACGGGCCAACGGAGCAAAUCCAAGAAUCGGCCUACCAGUCAAUAUGUGAUAUUUUGAUUGUAUUUUCUGAUCAACUUUCGAAAAACGAAAAUGAAAAUUUACGCUCAUUGGAGUAUAAGUCAACGUUAGACGAACAGCUAAUUUUAAAUAACUUUGUUCAACAUUACGUUUUUACAAUCAAACAAGAAGUUGUUCAAGACGAGACACGAAUUGAGGAAUUACACAAAAAGCGCAACUUUUUGGCUUCAUUUUGCAAACUAAUUGUUUAUAAUAUUAUACCAACAAAGAGUGCGGCGGGAAUGUUCAAACACUAUGUGAAGUGUUAUAAUGAGUACGGCGACAUUAUUAAAGCUACCCUUGGGAAGGCACGCGAAAUAAAUAAAAUAAACUUUGCAUUGACUCUGCUCCUUAGCUUGAUAGCAGUGUUCAAAGAAUUGCAGCAACAGUCCGAAAAUGGUGUAAUUUCCAAGAACUCACAUGAUUUUUCCGACUUAAAGGAAUUGGCAAAGCGUUUCGCACUGACAUUUGGCUUUGAUGCAAUUAAAAAUCGCGAACCGGUGAUCGCUUUGCAUCGAGCUGGUAUUCUUUUUGCCGUUGGCGAUGUUCCUGAAGACCCAGUUGCGGCACCUACACGACUUUUAUUCCUUGAAGUAUUAAACGAAUUCAACAACAAAUUGUUAAAGCAGGAUAAAAAAGUAAUACUGAGUUUUCUUGAUCGUCGCAUUUCACCGGCAAUGCCAUCGAGCAGAGCUGAAGAAUGGCAACCACUUGUUCUCUAUAGAAACUCGCUGCUGCACGGCGAGACCGAUCAAGCACCAGUAGCAAAGCGCGCUUAUGCGCGGAAACGAAGAGAACAUGAUGACGAAUACGAUGAUUACGAAUAUGAGGAGGAUCAUAACGAUGUAUAAUUUUUAGGUUAAAUAAUCUUAUAUUUAAGUAAAUGUUUUUUAUUAUGUUUCCUUUAGAGAAACGUACUUUGUUAUUUAUUAGGAGUGAAAAAUUGGAAAUGCAAAGUUUAAAAUAUAAAACGAAAUAUCGCUGAAUACCAUGUAUUUA